CAAAUCAGUAGCGAAAAUCCCCCCAAUCACCAUAUUACGAAAUUAUUAUAUUAAAAAAAAAUGUACUCGUUGCAUCUAUGGAUAGCUGUGGGGAUACUUGCCUGGAUAUAUUUUCUGUGGAGCCGACGGAGAUUCUACUUACUGAUGCUGAGGGUGAAGGGUCCUGUUGGAUAUCCAUUCCUUGGCGUUGCCGUGGAGUACCUACGGAAUAAACACAACAUGGAACAACGCAGUAAGCAAUUCCAGGAGUAUGGCCCAACCAACCUCACAUGGAUUGGUUCAGUGCCAGUCCUGGUUACAUGUGAGCCAAAUGUUGUUCAGGAUGUUUUAACGUCUCCCCAUUGCCUGGACAAGAGCAAGAUUGCGUGCAAUCCAUUACGUCUUAUUUGUGGCCCAGCAACUUUUGCAUUAAACGGAUCACAUUGGGUUGAACGUCGCAAGCAGAUGAAUCCCUCAUUCAGGCACAAUGUCCUGAUGAGCUUCUUUCCGCUGUUUAAUGAGGAGACGAAGAACCUGAUAUCUUUGCUGGAAACCUUUGUAGGCCAGGGUGAAAAAAAACUAUUGCCUGAGUUCAUAAACUGGUCCUUUAGAACAUCCAUUCAAUCGACAAUGGGCAGCGAUUUAAAGGAUAAUCCAAGCAUUAUGAAUGGGGCAAUACAAAAAAAAAUCAGCAAUCUUAUUGAAGUGACAUAUCACUUAAUUACAUUUCCGUGGCUCCAGAACCGGGCUAUCUCAACGCUCUUCGGCUUUGAAAAGCGAAAAUCAGAAGCGAUGAUUCAUCUGAAUGCAUCUCUGCAAUCUAUCCUACAGGAAAAGCUGAAGACACAAGGAGAUGAAAGCAAAGAAUCCUUGGCGAGCAGGAAUAUAGUGAUUAAUCGGGCAAUGGACUUCCUAAGAAGUGGUGAUUUUUCCUACGAAGAUGUCAAGAGCGAGUGCAUUCUUACCAUUGUUGCUGGGUUCGAGACAUCGGCCAUAACAGUCUUCAAUACUCUUAUUCUUUUGGCCAUGUUCCCCGAAUAUCAAGAUACAGCCUUUGAGGAGCUUAAAGAUGUCUUUCCAAAUGCAGGAGACUUUGAGGUGUCCUACGAUGACCUGCAGAAACUGGUCUACAUGGAUCGUGUGUUGAACGAAUCCUUGCGGUUGCUUCCUCCUCUUCCUUUAAUUCCUCGGGAGGUCACAGAGGACUUGAAACUGUCAAAUGGUAUUCUGAUCCCCAAAGGCGUCACAGUGGCCAUCGACAUAUUCAACACUCACCGCAACAAGGAUUUCUGGGGCCUAGAGGCGGAUACCUUCAAUCCCGACAACUUUCUCCCCGAACACAUUCAAGAAAGGCAUCCAUACGUUUUCAUUCCGUUCAAUAGGGGAAAGAGAAAUUGCGCAGGCCGGAAAUAUGCAGAGAUAUCUAUAAAGAUUGCCCUAGCCAAGAUUCUGAGAAACUUUCGCCUAAGCACAAGCUUUCGUUUUGAUGAUCUCUCCUUCGUUGAUAAUAUUGUUCUAGAGUUUAAAGAGCAACCACUUCUUGAAUUGCAACAUAGGAGGUGAUUGAAGUAGUUUUCCAGGCAGAACAAGG